AUGGACAAAGAUUGCGAUAUGGUAUAUAAGAACAUCUCUGACAUAUACAAAUCUGGGGAGUUUAAGACCUACGACAACUUUGUUUCGUUAGUUGCUGAAUGUGUAUGGCAGAUAAGAGAUAAAGAUAGAAGAGGUAAGAUAUGGAAUGAACAGAUAAAACCCGCAACUUUUGAGUUAAAGAGAGCAAUUGACGCCUUAGUCAUACUAGCAGGUAAGGUUUCAGAAUAUAACGCAAAAAUGAACCCACAAUGUUCUAAAUGUAAAGCAGCAAUGAGGAAAUAUAACUACUCCGUCAAAGAGAUAGAACGUAUGCGAAACGACUAUGCUGACUUAAAGAGGGAGGCAGAGAAACCAGCAGAAGAUAAAAUGGACAUGUUGACAUUUCUAAACAAAAACUAUCCAACAGCUGACGAUUUCCUUCUUUCAGAUGUCAAGAAGAAAUAUAAAGAAACCUUCGGCAUUGUUAAAACAUUCGAUGUACUGACAGAAGAAAUAGAAGCUACGAAAUUGUUUAGAAUUUCACGAAUUCACAAUGUUUACCAUGUAAAACGCUUAUAA